AUGGAGGAGCUGAGCAGCGUGGGCGAGCAGGUCUUCGCCGCCGAGUGCAUCCUGAGCAAGCGGCUCCGCAAGGGCAAGCUGGAGUACCUGGUCAAGUGGCGCGGCUGGUCUUCCAAACACAACAGCUGGGAGCCGGAGGAGAAUAUCCUGGACCCACGGCUGCUCCUGGCCUUCCAGAAGAAGGAACACGAGAAGGAGGUGCAGAACCGGAAGAGAGGCAAGCGGCCCAGGGGCAGGCCAAGGAAGCACACAGUGAUGUCCUCCUGUAGCCGGCACUCCAAGCUCAAGGAACCUGACACCACCUCCAAGUGCAAGUCCAGCAGCUCCUCCUCGUCCUCCACAUCCUCCUCCUCGUCCUCAGAUGAAGAGGACGACAGCGACCUGGACGCCAAGAGGGGCCCCCGGGGCCGGGAGACCCACCCAGUGCCUCAGAAGAAGGCCCAGAUCCUGGUGGCCAAGCCCGAACUGAAGGACCCCAUCCGGAAGAAGCGGGGCCGCAAGCCCCUGCCACCAGAGCAGAAGGCGGCCCGGAGGCCCGUGAACCUGGCCAGGGUGCUGAAGACUGCCCGGAAGGACCUGGGCGCGCCCGCCAGCAAGCUGCCCACUCCGCUCAGCGCCCCCGUGGCCGGCCUGGCGGCCCUGAAGGCCCACGCCAAGGAGGCCUGCGGGGGCCCCAGCAGCAUGGCCACCCCGGAGAACCUGGCCAGCCUGAUGAAGGGCAUGGCCAGCAGCCCCAGCCGGGGCGGCAUCAGCUGGCAAAGCUCCAUCGUGCAUUACAUGAACCGCGUGACCCACGGCCAGGCCCAGGCCGCCAGCAGGCUGGCGCUCAAGGCCCCCAGCAAGUGUAGCCUUGGGCUGGACCUCAAGGUGAGGACGCAGAAGGGGGAACUGGGGUUCAGUCCCCCAGGAAGCAAACUCACAAAGGCCCCCAGCAGCGGGGCUAUGGAGCAGAAAGGGGGGAGUACAGGGGUGCCCCCACACAUCCACAGUGGCAAGGUGCCUGCCAGUUGCCUGGGCCCCCAGCCUGCACCCACCCAGGAGCUGAGCCUCCAGGUCUUAGACUUACAGAGUGUCAAGAAUGGCACACCUGGGGUGGGCAUGGUCGCCCGCCAUGCCACAGCCACCAAGGGUGUCCCUGCCACCGCGCCGAGCACUGGGAAGGGUGCCGGGGCUGGCGCGCUGACCGACACCAGCAAGGGUGAGAAGCUGGCCCCCAGGGCUGCAGCCCUGCCCACCCCUGCAAGCAAGAGGGACUGUGUGAAGGGCACGGCAGCCCCCGGAGGGCAGGAGGGCCCCGGGGCCCAGGCAGACGCACGCAAAGCGGCCGCGCUGGCUGAGGUGAGCACCGGCGAGGACAACAGCAGCUCGGACUCGGACCCUGACUCGGCCUCAGCAGCCGGUGCCGAGCAGAACCUGUCUGUGUCCGUGCAGACCAGCCAGGACUGGAAGCCCACCCGCAGCCUCCUCGAGCACGUCUUUGUCACCGACGUCACUGCCAAUCUCAUCACGGUCACGGUGAAAGAGUCCCCCACCAGCGUGGGCUUCUUCAACCUGAGGCAUUACUGACACUGUGGGGGCCAGGGCCGGGGCCUCCCCUGCCCUCUGGCCUCUGGCUUUGCUCCAGUACGUGAGCUGCACC